AUGGAUCCAAGCGAAGAUUUUGCAACAUGGUGCUUUGUUUUCGACGCAUCAGCGAUCCCAGGCAAUGAUUACCAAUAUUUGAUCCCUGAUUUCAUACGACUUAUUAAUGAAAUUAUUUCUCACGGAAAACUAUUAGGUAUUCUCGAACAACAUACUCAACAAUUCACAUCAGAAUUUGUACCGCAAAUAACUCGAAAAGUUCUUAAUUUUCGUAUAGUAACUGCAGAUGAAAUCGACGUAAUCUGCAGCAUGAUAGUUGCAGUUUCAAAUUUAGCUGCGCAUUACUUUUGCACAGAUAAGCUAGAUGAUUUCGAGAAAAUUUCAUUUGUUUUUGAUUGCUCAAAUUUAUUUUAUUCAACAAAUACAACAUAUGCACCUUUAAGUACAAUAAUAGAGCAGCUAAAGAAGGAAGAAUGGUUUACUAAGAUGAAUGAACGUUGUUUACGUGAUGAUGUCACAGUGAAUCAUUUUUAUUUUUAUUAUAAAAUAUUUGAGAACAUUUUAUCACCAUUUACCAACGAAGAUGCAACAGUUAGUUUUACAUUAAACCAUUUCGUACAAUUUAUCGAUAAAGUCGAACCAGAUAAUUCAAAACUUAAUUAUGCCAUCAUUUAUUCACUUGGAAUAGCUCCCUUCGCUCCCAAUGUUGAUAACUUCUUCGAGAAAAUACUUCAAUAUGCAGAAAAAUGCAUUUACUCAAGAAAAGUUAAUAUUCAAAUGCACGGAGCAACAAUUCUCUCUAUUUGCGAAAACUCUACAGGUACAUCUCGUGCACAGUAUCAGAAAUGGAAGGAGAAUACAAAGCUCAUUGACUUUUUGGCGUCAGAAGAUUUACAUUCUGAAUUAUUAAAAGCAUUAGAAACAGUUUACAUUUCAAUUCUUACUCCAGAUAGUUUGUACAAGCUAUGGGAUGCCAGUUUGCAUGCACACAGUUCCAAGAAACCAUUGAUGAUGAAAAUUGUAUCAAAAGGUAUCAACGAACUGAGUAAUUCCGAAGCUGAGAAGUUCAUUGUUGAAGCAAGUAAAGACAUCUCAGUAGAUACUCUUGAUUUCCUCAUCCAAACGAUGUUUAACACUUCAAGUUCGAACAUGGAAUUAUCAUUGUUUAUUUACAAAUUAUUAUUGAAUUUGGAAUGCGAAAGUUUCUCUAAUUCUGUCUGUAAAAUGAUUGAUUAUUCCAUUUCUGAGAUCUACAAGUCUAAUUUAAUUAAUGUUGGUCUUGAAUGCAUCGAAGGUCCCCAUCAAUCAGACAUUGCUGAUAUAUUUAGUAAGAUAUUAGAUAUUUCAUAUAAUUUUGAUAAGUUUUUACCAUUUGAUUUCAUUGAUCAUAUCAUUUCAUUAGUACAUGAUAAGAAGAUCAAUAAAACACAUUUCAUUCGUGUUAUUCUUUCUUAUUGCAAGAAGAUACAUGUCAUUGAUGAAUCAAUGCUUUCUAAAUUUGAACAAUUCGGUUUCGAAGACAAUAUUUGGUCAUUUUUAGAAGGAAUGAUAACAAACAUUUCUACAAGUAUUACAACGGAAUGCUAUGAAAAACUUGGUGAAAUAUUAUUAAAACAAGAUAAAGUGCAUGCAUCUGAAGCAUUAGCUAAAUUAUGUAUCCAAUACGUUCUUAUUUACGCAUACAAGAAUUAUGUAUUAAUAUCUAAAUAUGAUAGCAACAAAAGCAUUUCUUUUCCAAAAGAAUUUGAAUUAACAAAAUUCCCAAUUAAAUAUUUGGAAUUAAUACAUGAUAUAUACUUUUAUUGUAUUGACGAAUCAGUGUCUGAAUUAGCACAAAAGAAAUUAUUACAAUUGUUAUCAAGUUCUAUUGACAAAAAAUCAACUGUUCAAUAUUCAAAUGAAAUUUUGUCAAUGUGUGAAACAUCGAAAGAAAAACUUCGUGGUGUUGUUUUAAUCAAAGAUUUUCUUGGCAUGAACAGUAUCUUUAGACCAGAAGAUUUCGAGAUACAACCACACAAGAAAAUACAAAGAUAUGGUGAAAGAAUUAUUAAUAUUUAUGAUGAAUUAACAAAGAAAAAUAUGAAAUUAAGUUAUGAUCCAAGAACAAAACCACGUGAAAUCAUGGAACGUGUUUCAUGUAUUUUAGAACGAUCGCAAUCAUUAUUUACUUUGAAAGAUAAAAGUAACAAAUCUAUCUUUAAUUAUGUUAAUAUGGAAAAUGUUUCAGAUCGAGAAGUUUUUCAUGUUGUUGCAGUUGAAGAUUAUAAUAUAGCUAAUAUUCCUCAAUAUCCUUUGUUGUAUUUUGUUGAAGAUGAUUUGAGUCAAAAGAUAUAUGACAUUGUUAGUGAAAGUGAUUCUGUUGAAUUAACAAAUUCAUGUAUAGAAUUACUUGAUCUUCUUCCUGAUUGUGGAUUAAUCAUUUCCAUUUUCUCUGAUGAAGAAGCAACAGAAGAAUUAAUAGGACACAUAGAAAAUGAAUCUCUUUUUAAUUAUAUAUUAGAGAUAUUAAUGAACCAGAUGUCUAUUAAUGAAGAAUAUUAUAUACAGUUGUCUAUUUCUAUUUAUUCUAUUUUAAUUGGUAAAUUGGAAUCACCAAAGAUUUCAACAAACGUUAUCAAUUUGUUUUCACAACAUUUCGAUAUGAAAUUCAGUGAAAACAUUGAUCUUUUGGCUCCAAUUAUCAUCAAUUCAUAUUCUCAAUCAGAAAACAUGGAUAAUUGUUAUCUUUUGAUGUAUAAGAUCAACCAGAUCAAACCAACAGAAAUCAAUGAAGUUUUUCUUCAUAAAAACAGAGAAAAAAUCAUUGAGUUACUUUCAAAAUGCAAUUUGACAAACUGGGGUUCUAUUUCACGAUUUUUGUCACUUCUUGAUAGAAAAGAAGUCUUCGAAAUUUGCCUUGAAGAAGUCAAUAAAGGCAAUGAAAAUGAUAAAUUCAUUAUCAUGAUGAUGAACAUUAAUUUGCCUUAUAUUUCUGAUAACAUUAAUAUUCGAGAACUUAUUGAUACAUUUAUCAAAUUAUUUGUUCAAAACAAACAAAAUGAUAAUGAUACAUCAAUAUCACAAAUCUGUUGUUUGUUAACAGAUUUGAUUAAUCGUUGUGUUGAUGAAAAUCAAGAUUACAAAGAAUUAUCAAAAACUGUUUUAGAAUUUGCAUUAACAAAAGAUGAUGCAACUGUUCAAGCAUCAUUAUUUAACUUGUUGAAAGUCAUUGGUUACGACAAACCAUAUUUGAACGAAUAUAUCAAUAACAUUAAACUUGAUAAGUUCAGUAUGAAUCCUGAUGAAAGAAGACUUCAAACACAAUCAGGACUGAAAAAUUUAAGUGCAACUUGUUACAUGAAUUCUGUUUUACAACAGUUGUUUUCAGUCAAAACUUUUGUAAAUGAUUUCGAAAACACGACAGAAGAAUUAAAACCAGGAAUAUCAGAACUCCAAAUGUUAUUUGCACGUAUGAAUUAUUCCAAAGAGAAAUUUGUUGAUACAACACCAUUUUGUGAAACAUGGUUAUGGGGAAAAACAAAAAUUAAUCCUCGUGAACAACAAGAUGCAAAUGAGUUUUACCAAAUAUUGAUGGACCAAAUGCCUAAAGACAUCAAUAAGUAUUUCCGUGGCUCCAUUCGUAAUAUCAUCAAAGGCGAAAAGGAAGAAUACGAAUCAUAUAACAAUGAAGAUUUUUAUUCCAUAGAAUUGGAAAUUAAAAACACAAACACAAUUGAAAAUUCAUUUAAAUUGUUUGGUGUUGCAGAACGAUUUGAAUCUCAUUUUGCUGAGAAACUUAAUAAGAAAAUUGAUAUUUUAAAGAGUGCUAAGAUCGAAACAGCACCUCCUAUCAUGGUUUUCCACUUAAAGAGAUUCGAAUAUAACUUACAAACAUUCAAUAGAAUCAAAGUAAAUUCGAAUUUCCAAUUUUCUGAUGAAAUUGACAUUUCAGAAAUGAUGUUGGAUAAUUCUAAUCCUUGCAAAUACAACUUGACAGGUAUUGUCAUGCAUCACGGUACUGCACAAGGAGGACAUUACACAUCAUACGUCAGAGUUAAUCCUAAUAAAUGGAUCAGUUUCGAUGAUACUUUAGUUACAACAAUUGAAGAUAAAAAUUUGAAAGAAAAAGCGUUUGGAAAAAGUGACGAAUUUGACAAAUAUGACUCAUUUAAUGAUGAUGAUCUUGAUGAUACUGGUACAUCAGCAUAUUUACUGUUUUACACUAAGGAUGGCGAAAACACACAAUGCGAUGUUCAUUUCAAAGAAGAACAAAUUGAAGAAAUCAAUAAAGAAAAUGAUUUCUUCUUAAGAGUUCAAAGUUUAUUGAGUUCAUCAUUUUUAGAUUUCGUUUGUGACACAUUUGAUAAUCCAGUACCAUAUUUCAUCAACAUUUUCUGUAGAUCCAAUUUGAAUACUUAUGAUGCGAAGAUGCCAAAUUGUUUGAAUCAUUUCGUCGAUACAAACGAAAAAAGUAAAGGAAUCUUGGAAGAUUUGUUUAUAAAUAAUUUCGAAAAAGUAUUCGAGAUUUACAAGUCAUGUUCACUUCCUAUGAUUCUUGAAACAAUGCGUACAUUCACAAUGAAAACAAUUGAUUUCAUUGGUCCAAGUAUUUCAUUACAAAUCAUCAAUAAUUUCAUUGAUAAUUUCCCAUCUUUAACCACUGUUUGGCGUCAAAUUCCUGAUGUUUGUUUUGUUAUUGAACAUUUCAUUGUCAAAUAUCCGAAGAGUGCAAAUGAUUACGGAUUGGCAGACCACGUCAUUGAGAUUAUUAAGUUGAUUUAUUCUCCACAAAGAACACAAAUUUAUUUACAAAAUGUUAACAUAUCAAAUUUGUUGAAAUCUCUUCAGUUUGUUGAUCAUUUCGAUUACAAAGCCCUUGUUGAAUAUACAAACAGUAUAUUCAUGUCAACAGAAAACACACAAGCAGCUGGAAAACUCUUCUGCAAGCUUUGUAAAGAAGGAAAAAUCGAAAUGAGUCAAUUUUUGCAUUAUUUGUUGUCAUCAUCUAACCAGAAAGACAUUGAAGAAGGAUACGGUCUCAUGGCAGAGAUUGCAACAGAAAGUGAACAAGUAUUUAACCAAGUCUGCGAAACAGCAAUUUCUAAUAGAAUUUUGGCUGAUUUGACAUUGCAUAUUCUUCUUAAACUUCGUGCUGGAAAAAGCGAAAUUAAGAGGUUCUUUAUUACUAAUCCAGUUUGUCUUGUUAAUCUUCUCACUUACUCCGAAGAAGAUGUCCGAUUGAUCUCAGAGAAGAUAUUAAUUGAUAUGUUCCAUAAUCUCCAAAUUUCUCCAAUCAUGGAACAAUACACCAUUCCUGCAAUGUAUAAUUCUGUUUAUCAAGGUGAUUUGAAACACAAAGAUAUACAUCCUUCUAAUUUGACUUUGCCAAACAUUAAAAAAGUCUUUGCUGCUAUUAAUGACAAGAUCCAUAAAUUGCACACUGAUCCAAGACAUUUCUAUUCAUCAUAUGAAGGAAACAACAUCAAGUUUUAUGCUACAAAUCUUAUUGAAGCUUAUUCAUAUUUGUUAAUUCCAAUGGAAAUGAAUAAUUCAGAAAUAUUCCGUGAAUUAUUUGAAACAAGCAAAAUCUUGUAUAAUUUGAAUGUCCGUGAUGACGAGAACUUGUUAAAGCUUUAUGACUUACUUUUGAAGUGUUUCUCACCAAGAUAUGAACAAAGCAGUCGAUUGGAAAUCAUUUUCAAGAAAGUUGUUUGUUCCAAUUCAUUUAAUAAGAUUUAUCCACUUUUGGAUCUUCGAUAUGAGUUUAGCUACUACAAUUCACGAGAUAAUCAAGAACAGUUCAAUUAUAUAUUUAAUACGAAUUUGAAAGACAUUUUCAUCCGAAUUAUUUUGUCACAAAGAAGUGAUGAAUGUACAACAAUUUUAAUUGAAAUAUUUAAUUUCAUUUAUAACAAUGAUUCUUCAAAUUCAAAGAAUUUAUUCUCCUCUAAGAUUUAUGAACUUGUUAGUGAAUCAUCUCUUCAUUUUCUUAUUCAUGCACUUUCAUAUUUCUUCAAGCAUGCAAGUAUGAUGUUAUCAGACCAAGCAGUAACAAAAUUUGCUUAUCAGUUGAUGACUUUCAUAAAUCAGUAUGGUGAUGUUGUUUAUUGUAAGAAUGAACGUUUUGAUUACAUCCGUGAUGGCUGUGAUGGUUUGUGUUGUGACCAACGAUGGAUGGGAAAGUUCACAAUCAACACAACUUCAUUGAUUGAAACUCUAAUCCCGAAUAAUCCAAAUUCCGUACAAUCAUUGACGAAUUUGAUUUUGUUGGUUAUGCCAAUGGACAAGAAUUUGUCUCUUGGCAUGCAACUGAAGAACUAUGAAUAUUCGGAUUGCAAGAGUGAUGUUAACAGAUCAUGUUUUAUUUGUAUUUACAUGGAAUAUUGUUUACUCACAGGUGUUCAAUGCGAUUUAACACGAUAUCUUUCAGAUGUUGAAGAUCUUUCCGCAGUUGUUGGUUAUUUGUCAACCAAAGUAUUUCCAAUGCUAAAUAAUUCAUGGCAGGAACAGUUACUUUCAUUCAUUCUUAAGAAAUACCAUCCAGGAACAAUUUACGAUAGCUUAGUUCGUAAAUUAGUUAUCAUUCAUACUAAAGUUCCUGAUGAUGUUUCAUUAGAAUGGCAAUCAUUUAUUUCACAAGAGAAAACACCAGAAGCAUUUGAUUAUCAAUAUUUCGAUGCUGAAAACAAUGAAAUUAAACGAAAUUCUAUAUAUCCAGUAUUUUCUUCAUCGGAAUAUUAUUCAUCGGAAUCAGAAGAAGAAGAAAAACUUAAAGAUGGAAACAAACAAAAGCAUAUCAAUUAUUUAUCAACAUCUUCAUCAUCAGAUGAUGAAUUCAUCAAUUCUGAAGAAUUUAAAAAUCAAAAAGUAAACAAACAAUACAAUCAACAACAAAGUAAUGAACAAAAUAUGGCUCAAGAAGCCUUUUCUGGUGGUUUACUUGAGAAGCAGAAAGUUUUUGAACAUAUGUGCAGAAAUCGAAACAUUAUUUCAGCAUAUUCUAUUAAAGAAAGCUUCCGUAGACUUAUGCGUGAAAAUAAAGUUUACAGCCAUGAUAAUAGUAGUUUCAUGCAUUUGCUUGAAACUACAUACGAAAAACUCCGUGAUAGUUCUGAGAUCGACAUUUCACGCGAAUGGAACCGAUUUAAGAAAUCACUCGAAUUAGAUGAUUUAGAUUAA